GCUAUGUACAGUCAUUAUAAUCAUUUGGAUUAGUCUUGAUCGGUCCGUCUUUAACUUUGUUUACUCGUAGUCUUUAGUCAAUUUCUUUCCAAAAGAAUUGCAGGAUGAUAAGGAAAUCAUACAUUUUUAUAGCGAAUGUACUAAUUUUAAGUUUCAUAUCAGUGGCCAGUGGACAAAAUGAUCUUAAAAAAUGCGAAAACCUGCAUGGUGAGAAUCGUUUGUGCAUACACUUGGAACAAUGCACAGAACUUUAUAACAUGUUAACUAAAAACCCAUUACUACAAGCUGAUAUAAUUUUCCUUCAACGUAGCCACUGUAAAACUGAAAAUGGAAAGGUUUUUGUCUGUUGUUCAGAUCGACAAAUGCGACCUUCACCAUUAAUUCCAGAACCCGGCCAGUGUGGCAAUGUUAGAUCCAGUCGAAUCUAUGGUGGUAACAUUACAAAAUUUGACGAAUUCCCAUGGAUGGCAUUGAUUGAGUAUGAUAAAGGUGGAAAUGCAUACGGACAUCAUUGUGGUGGAAGUUUGAUUAGCAACCGAUAUGUUCUGACAGCAGCGCAUUGCAUAAGCCAACUACCCCAAAAUUGGAAAUUACAUCGAGUUCGCUUAGGUGAAUGGGACACUUCAACAAAUCCUGACUGUGAAGUUGACACUCGUGGCAUUGAAGAAUGUGCUGAUCCUCAUGUUGAUGUUACAAUCGAGAAAGUAAUUCCUCACGAAAAAUAUUUGACUUCAAGCAGCCGAACCCACGAUAUUGGGCUUAUACGUUUAUCACGUAACGUAGACUAUACCGAUUUUAUUCGACCAAUUUGUUUGCCACUUAAAGAUAUCCUUAAACAAUCCACAUUUAAUGGAAUCAAAAUGGAUGUUUCCGGUUGGGGAAGAACAGAACAGGGAACACCGAGUAAUGUUAAACUUAAGGCUGAAGUUCCAGUUGUACCGUUGGAUCAAUGCAGAGUUUUUUAUAGUCGAUCCAGUUAUAAUUUAGAAGGCUCACAAAUGUGUGCUGGUGGCCAACAAGGUAUUGACACCUGCAGUGGUGAUUCAGGUGGACCUCUUAUUGGAUUAGAUUCUUCUAAUAAACAGCGAGUUUAUUAUUUCAUCGCUGGAGUAGUAUCCUUUGGGCCCACUCCGUGUGGAUUGAAAGACUGGCCAGGGGUAUAUACAAGAGUCAGUGAAUAUGUUGAUUGGAUUAAGCAAAAUAUUGAACCUUAAAUUUUGUUUUAAAUUUAAUAAACCAAGAAAUAUAUUUUUGUAAGGGCAACAGACUUGUCUUUGACAAAGCAGCGGUCUGUGCUGUUGUCAUAUUAUCUUUUA